AGGUUUGUAUAUAAGUUAAUAAGUAUUGUUUUCUUAAAGGAAAGAAACCUGAAACCAUUCUCUUUUCGUUUUCACAUUUCUCUCUUUUAUCUUCUAUUCUUCUUCUUCUUGUUUCAUUUCACAUUUAGAAGAAAGCUUGCGGAGGAACACACACACGUACACCAUUCUCCACAUAUCUCCAGAUCUGAUGCCCCUUCAUAUAUUCAAGAGCUUAUCUCUGAUACAUCACAGGUUUUGAUCUGAAGGAAGAAAACUCUCGGACCAGGACAAGAACAGGGCGAUUUUCUCGUUCUUGUGUUGCCUUUGUCGUUCUUGAUUAUUUCGUCCGUCUUAAGAAAUUGACUUCUGAUGCAAAAUCCUCCCCCCAUGGAAUGAUCUGUUUCUUGAAAUCUUCGGUCUUCUAAUGUCAUGAAGAGGAGAGAGUCUGGUAAGUGCUAAUUAAGGAGUUAUGGAGACCGGUACAAGCACUAGCAACAGCGGAAACAGCAGAAACGAUAGCUAUGAAACCAUCAAGAAUGGAUCAUGGUUUAAUCAGUUCCGCAAUGGCUGUAAUCCCUGGAUGGCUAGAUAUGUAUACGGUCUUAUAUUCCUCAUCGCAAAUUUACUAGCUUGGGCUGCUCGUGAUUAUGGUAGACGUGCCUUAAAUAAAGUAACAAAAUUCAAGAAUUGUAAAGAAGGAGAAAACUGUCUAGGGACAGAAGGAGUCUUGAGGGUUAGCUUGGGAUGUUUUCUGUUCUAUUUCGUAAUGUUUCUAUCAACACUUGGCACAUCAAAAACGCAUUCAUCAAGAGAUAAAUGGCAUUCUGGAUGGUGGUCUGCUAAGCUUAUCAUGUGGCCUGCUUUAACCAUCAUUCCUUUCUUGCUUCCUUCUACCAUUAUUCUCCUUUACGGAGAGCUAGCCCAUUUUGGUGCAGGGGUAUUUCUACUCAUACAGCUAAUCAGUGUGAUCAGUUUUAUUACAUGGCUUAACGAGUGCUAUCAGUCCCAAAAAGAUGCAGAAAGAUGCCAUGUCCGUGUGAUGCUACUAGCAACAACUUCAUACACAGUGUGUAUAGUUGGGGUGAUUUUGAUGUACAUAUGGUACGCACCGGAUUCUUCUUGUCUUCUCAAUAUAUUCUUCAUAACUUGGACAUUGUUUCUCAUCCAGCUCAUGACAAGCAUCGCUCUCCAUCCUAAAGUCAAUGCUGGAUACUUGACUCCGGCUCUUAUGGGACUCUAUGUUGUGUUUAUCUGCUGGUGCGCCAUUCGAAGUGAACCAGUGGGAGAAAACUGCAACAGAAAAGCCGCAGCUUCAAACAGAACGGACUGGCUUACAAUCAUUAGCUUUGUGGUUGCGUUAUUGGCAAUGGUGAUUGCCACAUUUUCGACAGGAAUAGACUCGCAAUGUUUCCAAUUCAAGAAAGAUGUGUGUAGUGAAGGAGAAGAAGAAGAAGAAGUAGAGGAAGAUGGUGUUCCAUAUGGAUAUGGAUUCUUCCAUUUUGUGUUUGCGACAGGAGCAAUGUACUUCGCUAUGCUACUCAUCGGUUGGAACACUCAUCACCCCAUGAAAAAGUGGACGAUUGACGUGGGAUGGACGAGUACUUGGGUGAGGAUUGUGAACGAGUGGGUUGCAGUCUGCGUAUACAUAUGGAUGCUGAUGGCUCCAAUCGUGCUGAAGACCAGAAGACAAAGAGCAAGUAGGACAUGAGACAUUGAUUCUGGGGGACAGGACAAAGACUCUUGGGUCGAUCUGACUCUUCUCUCCUUAUGAGGGAUAAGAAUUAAACAGACUAAAUCACCUACGGCCAGAAUGGAAGGCAAACAUGUUUUAAUCUCAUGGGUUUGGUAGGAAAAUAGUAUUAGACGAUUAAAGAACGGAGAUUAUUCGAAAAUCAAAUCUUUGUAAGUAGAUUGUUAUAGGAAGUGGAUACAGAUUAUAGUUAUGAUUAUCAUUUUAUAAUUAUAUUUAUGACCUUCAGA